CAAUGAACCUAUCCACCUUUUAUUGUUUCAUGGGUCAGAGACCAUGAAAAGUAAAUGGAGGCCAUGAUAUGGAAUUUAUAACAGCAGUAGGCUUUUUUCUGUCUUUAGAAAAAGCAACAGAGUUCAUAUUGUUCACGUUGACAAAAAUCUCCCAAAAAAAUGUUGCACUGUUAGGAGCUAUUCAAACCAUUUGUACUUAUUAUUAUUUAUCUUGCGUAGGCAAAUUUUCAUACUCAUUAUAAAUUGUAAGUCGCUUCUGCAUAUAUAUGCAUGGUGUUUUGAGAUUUGAUCAAUGAGACUAGACAUGUCUACUUCUCCAAAGAGCAUCAUCUAUUCAUGUGAAGAUGAUAAUGAACUUAGAAGAGGGCCAUGGAGUGUUGAAGAGGAUGAUCUUCUCAUUAAUUACAUUGCCAAUCACGGGGAGGGGAGAUGGAAUUUGCUUGCUAUAUAUUCAGGAUUAAGGAGAUCAGGAAAGAGUUGCAGAUUAAGGUGGCUAAAUUAUCUAAAGCCAGAUGUUAAGAGAGGAAAUUUAACCAAAGAAGAGCAGCUUUUGAUUUUUGAACUCCACUCAAAGUGGGGCAACAGGUGGUCAAAAAUUGCACAACAGCUGCCUGGCAGAACAGAUAACGAAAUCAAGAACUAUUGGAGAACAAGGAUUCAAAAACAAUCAAGAUAUAUGAAAUUUGACACAGAUAGAACAGAAUUUGUAGAAUUUGUCAAGGGUCUAAAGAUGACAAGAUAUCUUCAUAAAGCACAAGAAUCAUCUUCUUCAGCCAUGUCAAUCCAAGACCAAGCAAUACCCUUGCCUUUUGAGGGUGGUUGUCACUAUUCCUCAUUUGAGAUUGGAACAACACCAACAACACAAAUCACUUGCCAGGGAACUUGUGUGAAUGAAGGAGGCCCCAAUUGUUUGUACUCAGACUCUGAACACAACAAUGGUUCAAGCAUUUCCUCUUCAGAAUCAGUGAAUAUCCUAAAUAUGGAUCAGCCUUUGGAAUACACUACUAGUCAAUUUCAGGCCUUGGAUAGUUCUGACUUUGGCAUCUUUUCACAUGAUGGUUAUUGCAUAAAUAACAAUAAUGAAUAUGGCAUGGAUGCCUUCGACUUGACAACCACAACCACAAUGGUUGCUGAGGAUCUGAAACUCCCAAUGAUUGAUUGCCGAAUAUCACAAACCAGUUGGCCAAACAAGGAAUUUGCACGUAGCGCAUGGAGCAUGGAUGAAUUAUGGCACUUUAGGAACACACAAAGAUGAAGAUUUUGAUUUUAGACUAUCCUUUUAGAACCAAUCACAAACUAUCUUUUAUUAUAUAUAUUGUUAUUAAUUAGAUAAUGGAUCGCUGAUUAGCUUAGCUAACAAUAUAAAUUUAAUGAGUAAUUUUAUGAGUUAUAGUACACUUAGACAUCUAUCUGCAGUUGUUUGUUUCUCUGAUGUUAUAAUAUGAAUGUGGAAAUUUUACUGUAAAACCAUAAAGCUAACAAAGAUUUCAUAAACUUCAUAAAUGUGGACUUUCAGCUGAUUUUGUAGAGUCAAGACUUGAACUUGAUUCUCACCUUAUUGUAAGAUUUCAUGAAUAUUUCAAAGUAACCCUUUUUAUCACUUGGACU